CCGAAUCCCGAUUCUAGUCGUAGCGGGGCAAGUAAACAAAAGUAAAUAAAAGCGAAAGCAAACUCCCCUCUCUCUGUUAUAAAUAUCUCCCCUCUCCUCUGGAAUUCUCUUCAAAAAUUUUCUAACCUAAUCUCUUCUCGGUAAUUUCUCAUGGCAUCUAAUCAAGAGGAAGCCUCUUCUUCAGCCGAUCCGAAGGGGACGAAGAGGGAUUUUAGUACUGCGAUUUUGGAGAGGAAGAAGGCGGCGAAUCGUCUAGUGGUUGAUGAGGCUGUUAACGAUGACAAUUCUGUGGUUUCUCUGAAUCCCGAGACCAUGGAGAAGCUGCAGAUUUUUCGCGGGGAUACGAUACUGUUGAAGGGAAAGAAACGGAAAGAUACUAUUUGCAUUGCCCUUGCUGAUGAGACAUGUGAAGAACCAAAGAUAAGAAUGAACAAGGUUGUGCGAUCAAAUCUUAGAGUGAGGCUCGGUGAUGUGGUUUCAAUUCAUCAAUGCCAGGAUGUGAAAUAUGGAAAGCGAGUGCACAUACUGCCUAUAGAUGAUACCAUCGAGGGCUUGACAGGAAACUUGUUCGAUACAUACUUGAAACCAUAUUUCCUGGAGGCAUAUCGACCUGUUAGAAAAGGGGACCUUUUUCUUGUUAGAGGAGGCAUGAGAUCUGUUGAGUUCAAGGUUAUAGAAACAGACCCUCCAGAGUACUGUGUUGUCUCCCCUGACACAGAGAUCUUUUGUGAAGGAGAACCAGUGAAAAGGGAGGAUGAGGAUAGACUUGACGAUGUGGGUUACGAUGAUGUUGGUGGAGUGCGGAAACAAAUGGCUCAGAUCAGAGAGUUAGUUGAGCUUCCUCUCAGGCACCCCCAGCUUUUCAAAUCAAUUGGUGUAAAACCACCUAAAGGAAUCUUGUUGUAUGGGCCUCCUGGUUCUGGUAAGACUCUUAUUGCAAGAGCAGUUGCAAAUGAGACUGGUGCCUUUUUCUUCUGCAUUAAUGGUCCUGAAAUCAUGUCCAAACUGGCUGGAGAAAGUGAAAGCAAUCUUCGGAAGGCUUUUGAAGAGGCAGAAAAGAAUGCACCAUCUAUUAUAUUUAUCGAUGAGAUCGAUUCUAUUGCUCCCAAGCGAGAAAAAACUCAUGGAGAAGUUGAGAGGAGAAUUGUUUCACAACUGCUGACACUGAUGGAUGGUUUGAAAUCUCGUGCUCAUGUCAUAGUCAUUGGAGCUACAAAUCGGCCAAACAGUAUUGAUCCAGCUCUUAGAAGGUUUGGUAGGUUUGAUAGGGAAAUUGAUAUUGGAGUUCCAGAUGAGGUUGGACGGCUGGAGGUUCUUCGUAUUCAUACAAAGAACAUGAAGCUAGCUGAGGAUGUUGAUUUGGAAAGAAUCUCUAAGGAAACCCAUGGAUAUGUUGGGGCUGAUCUGGCUGCAUUGUGUACUGAAGCUGCCCUUCAGUGUAUUCGAGAAAAGAUGGAUGUUAUUGACCUGGAAGACGAGACCAUAGACGCGGAGAUACUCAAUUCUAUGGCUGUCACUGACGAACAUUUCAAAACUGCUCUUGGAACAAGCAAUCCAUCUGCACUGCGUGAAACAGUUGUUGAAGUGCCUAAUGUCAGCUGGGAUGAUAUUGGAGGUCUUGAAAACGUCAAGAGGGAACUGCAAGAGACUGUUCAAUAUCCAGUUGAGCAUCCCGAGAAGUUCGAGAAGUUUGGCAUGUCACCUUCUAAGGGAGUAUUGUUUUAUGGACCUCCUGGUUGUGGCAAGACUUUAUUAGCCAAGGCAAUUGCCAAUGAAUGCCAAGCGAACUUUAUCAGUGUCAAGGGACCAGAGCUACUUACCAUGUGGUUUGGUGAGAGUGAAGCAAAUGUAAGAGAGAUAUUUGACAAGGCUCGUGGGUCUGCACCAUGUGUCCUCUUCUUUGAUGAGCUGGACUCCAUUGCAACUCAGAGGGGAAGUAGUGUUGGAGAUGCAGGUGGUGCUGCUGAUCGAGUUCUCAACCAACUUUUAACUGAGAUGGAUGGCAUGUCUGCCAAGAAAACUGUGUUUAUUAUUGGGGCAACAAACAGGCCUGACAUUAUUGAUCCUGCACUGCUCAGGCCAGGUCGGCUUGACCAACUGAUUUAUAUUCCUUUGCCUGAUGAAGCCUCCCGCCACCAGAUAUUUAAAGCUUGCUUGCGAAAGUCACCAGUCUCCAAAGAUGUUGAUCUGAAGGCUCUUGCCAAGUAUACUCAAGGCUUUAGUGGUGCAGAUAUUACAGAGAUUUGCCAGCGUGCUUGCAAGUAUGCUAUCCGAGAAAACAUUGAGAAGGAUAUAGAAAGGGAGAGGAAGAGGAGCGAGAAUCCGGAGGCCAUGGAGGAAGAUGACACUGAUGAAGUUGCUGAGAUCAAGGCAGCUCAUUUUGAGGAGUCCAUGAAGUUUGCAAGGAGAAGUGUGAGUGAUGCUGAUAUUAGGAAGUAUCAAGCAUUUGCGCAAACCUUGCAACAAUCAAGAGGGUUUGGAACUGAGUUCCGCUUCUCAGAACGGUCUGACACUGCUGCAGGAACCACUGGAGCUGAUCCAUUUGCAUCUGCAGCUGCAGCUGAUGAUGACGACUUAUAUAGCUAGGCCUAAAUUAUGUGUCGUGUAUAACAUACCUUUAAGUUAAAAGUAUGAAGGUACUAUACUGCUUUCCUUUAUGUGCUUGUUUUGCGAAAUUGCUACUGUUACGCAUUCAAGUUAUGAAGUCUCAGAAAGUGUCAUUGUUGGUUACACUCGCCAACCGAUAUUUCUUGUGAUGGUACGGUGUGGUUCUUCUAUAGUACACUAUCAUUAUUCCUUGAGCAUGUUGGUUUGAGAUUUACUGGUCUUGUUCCGUUCUUCGGUUA